GUUUAUCAUCAGCUUCAUGUUUAAACUGUAAUGACUGAGUUUUUUCUUUGUUUACAGUGUUGAUUUCAAACAUCCACUCGCGACAAACUGAAGUCUCUCUGAAAGUCAAACCCAACAGAUCUCAACAAUUCUCAUCUGAAACUGUCCUUUUUCGCUGUGAGGAUCACAAUAACUCUAACUCUAAUACUGAAUGGACAGUGAGAAGAUACACAAGAUUCACAUUGGGACCUUGUAUCUCAUCAGGCAGAAUUUCCCCAGAGAUGGACUGUAUAUGUGCAUGUCAAAUCAGUAAUCUCUACGCAUCUGAUACUGGAGUGUACUGGUGUGAGUCUAAAUCUGGAGAGAAACUUCAUCAUGUUAAUAUCUCAAUAGAUGAUGUUGAUGUGAUUCUGGAGAGUCCUGUUCAUCCUGUGACUGAAGGAGAUCCUCUGACUCUACGCUGUUUAUAUCGAAAUAAAAAAACCUCUAACCUGAGAGCUGAGUUUUAUAAAUAUGGAUCAGUGGUGCAGAAUCAGACAACAGGAAACAUGAUGAUCAUCCCUAUAGUCUCAAAGUCACAUGAGGGUUUCUACUACUGUAAAUACCCAGAGAGAGGAGAGUCUCCAAAGAGCUGGAUCUCAGUCAGAGCCAGAGUUUCAGGAGAUCCUCAAGUGAAGAUGUCUGGUCUCAAGAUGUUGUCUUUUCUCCUGGCAGUUUGUCCAUAUCUGUUAGCGACAGCCGUGCUGGUUUUUAAAUGCUGUAGACUAAGAGUUCGCUCAUCUGUUGAAGAUGAGUUGCAGAAUGCAGUGAGAGAAGAUGAAACAUCAAUCUGA